AUAAUCAGGCCAUUCAGGCAGUCAGGCAUUCAGGCAGUCAAUACUAGGCCUUAGGGCCAGGAGCAUGCAGAACAGCUCCACCCAUACAAAUUUAGCUAUUGACACGCCUCUCAACCUAUCACCCCCUGCAGCAUAAGCGCAGUAUGAUGUUGUCUAACGUAUCCACCUAUCAACAUGAUUUCAACGGAACCCCGCCGGCCAACAUCAGGAGGCCUAGAUCCUACUCUGAGAACCGUGGUGGAGGAGGAGGAGGUGGUGUAACUGGUGUAACUGUAGACGGUAGAGUUCGCAGGAUGUCUGGAGCCUACUCCAAACCUAUGCCCUGGGCAGGAGGAGGGGCUACUAAACCACCGAUGGCGAACAACUAUCUGGACAGCCAUGGGCUCAAUGCAGGUCUGGGGAACUCUGGUUAUACUAACUACCCUAGUGUGGUAAACACUGCACCAAUGCAGGCUGCUAGAAUGGCAAACUAUACUAGGUUUUCACCGUCUGAUUGGUCGGCCUCCAACAUAGAUCAUUACAACUCAGCAGAUGCCAGCAGGAACCAGAGUGAGAGAGUAAGAAAUGAGGCGAUUAGGUUAAUUCGUGAGAGAGAUGAUAAGACGGUGAUGACUCAGAGGGAUGCCGAUAGAAGGAUCGGAGAACGUCUUCACGAUGAGACAUUCUGGAGAUCAGAGGUGCAGACCGAGUUGGAGAGGAAUAUCAAUGAGACGCAUCAGCUGGAGGCUAUGAGGAAGAAUCUAGAGAGAGCUCUUGCAGAAACUGAAGGCCCCAUGAGAGUCAACUCAGAGUGCAUUUAUAACAGGGAGGGGAGGAAAGGAAUUGAUGUUGUGAAUGAUAAUGUUGAGAACUCUCUGAUGAGAGAGGUGGAUAAUAUCAAGGCCUGCCAGGACCGGAUGAAGAGGACUUUGGAGCAAGUUAACCAUCAAUUGGGAGUUAAUAGGAAUGCCCGUCAUCAACUAGAGAGAGAUCUGGCAAACAAGGAUCAUAGCAUCAAUAUCGAUCAUACCUGCCACAACCUUAUGAACACCAGUAGAGCCAUUAAUCUUCAUGGAGGAAUAGAAAAGGUUGAUCCGAAUGUGAGUAUUCCUGAAACAUGGGCAGACUUCAGCAAUAGGAAUAUCCAGACAUCACAAUCUGCCCGAUCUGCUAGUCAGAGGUUGAGGGCUGAGGUAGAUAACCUCAUUACUCAAUGUGCUAAUGAGAUGUGGUCUCACUGGAGUAAUACAAACAUGUCCUUCCAGCAGAGAAUUACGGAGACCAACGAUGCACACAACAAACUACAAUCUCAUCUUAGCAAAACAAUGCAAGAGAUCUACGAUCAAGAAAAACAUAUUGAGCAUCUCAAGAAAGCAAUCAGGGACAAGGGACCCCCCCUGAAGGUUGCUCAGACCAGGUUGGAGGCAAGAUCUCAUCGGCCUGAUAUAGAACUCUGCAGGGAUCCUCCUCAUCAUAGGCUGGUAGAAGAGGUUGGACAGAUCCAGGAGAGUAUUGAUCUAUUAAACAGGAAACUUAAUGAAGCAGAGAUGUCUCAUCAGAACCUGCUGCAGAACAAGGCUAGACUCGAGCAUGAUUUAAAGAUAAAAUCAAAUUCACUUUUCAUCGAUCGGGAGAAGUGUCUUUCCAUCAGAAAGUCUUUCCCUGUCGUAUCCCUCGCUACAAAGCUUUAGAUUGAGUAAUGGUGGCAGAAGAGAAGAGAAGUAAAAAGAAGAAAAAUAUAAGACCAUGGAUAUAAUUUGAUAGUUGUUCGUGCAGCGUUCGAAUUUAAAAAGAAAAAAUCUAAAAAUUAUUCUCUCACAAGGGAUUUUCUCGAAGCUGUCACGCUAGUUAAAUAUUAGGUGUUUGUUUAGUUAUUAAGGGAAAUGUUUCAUCACAAAGUUGUAAUUAUACAUUGGAAUUAGUAAAAAUUUAUUAUAUGUAUAUGUUAAAGUUAUGUUUGAAUUGUAUAGUGUUUAAGGGCCGCUUAGGAAUAAAGUAUUGUAUUGUA